CGCGUCACUUCGGGCGCCAUUUUUUGAAACUGAAAACAGCGGUUAUAUUUUGGUGCAGCGGGACAUUAAACAGUCCAGCUCGGUAUGGCCUCUAUCAAGGAUCCUGAUGUUGUGGAACAGUUCAGCAGCAAACUGGAGGAGAUAAGGACUAAGUUGUUAAUACAGGCGAUGGGAGAAGUGAUGAACGAGGCAACAGCGCAGUUCUGUCAGGGUCACAAACAGUACAUGAAGUCCGUGCUCGACACAUGCUCAAAGAAAUGCAAGGAGGAUGAAACUAUGUUCGAAACUAUACAGGCCUACAUGGAAGAUUUAAAAGUCAAGAGUUCUGUCAUGAAGGAAAAGAAUACAGAACGGCCUGAAAUUGUGGAAGAGAUUGAAGACAAGGAAAGGCAUAAAGAACUUAUAAUGCAGAAGAUUGAGAAGCUCAAGCAGGAACAAGCUAAAAACAGAGAAUUGAUUCACUUACAAAACAAGGCCAACAAGGACAGGCUAAAGAACCUCAACAAGAUUAAAGAAAUCUUUCAGGAACGGCUAAGUCUUGAGAUCAGAAAAAUCCAGGGUGAGAAGCUGCAGUUCAUCUUCAGAAAUAUCAACCACAAGAAUCCAGAAAGUGCCUACACCUUCCUUUUAAGGAUAAAUGAGGAGGGUGUGUACCAGAUUGUCUCCUGUGAUCCUCCACUGGCGCAGAUGGAACAUCUGGAGCGUAGACUGCAGGCGACCAACAACUUCUCUGCCUUUCUCGCCAACAUCAGAAAAGCGUUUGUGGCACUACACGGUGCUACAAAGACUGCCUGAUUUAAUGUAAAUAUUGAUGGCAUAAAGAGUCUGUGGAAUGCUCUUUUCACUCAGACAAAAGCUAAGUGGUCACAGUUGGAUUUUUAGUUGAAUUCACUUUGAAUUCACUUUAUUUUAUUAGUUUUUUAUUGCAUGUAGCCUAAUACCUGUUUGGACUUGUACAUAAUAAAAUGCAUAUAGUCUUGUUAUGUUCAUACCCUUUGUUGCAUUCAUUAGGUAAAGAUGUUAAAACAAGUGGGGAAAAAAAAGAAAGAAAAUGUAUUUAUUUUUGGUUUAUUUAUAGCUAGUGCAUCUUCUUGAAUAAGUGUAGAGAGACAUUUAAAAAAAAUUUCAACAUUUAAUUUUUAGCAUGCUUUCUAACACCUCUCCUUACAUUACUUUAAAUAAUGUACAAAAAAUACACUAACACAGCAUCCAACUAUUGAGGAAACGCAAUGUGUUGUACCUACGUAAUUAACUCAUGUAAUUAAACAAUAAUCCUGCAAAAAUGCUAACAUUAAACAUUUUAAUUUAACAAUCGAUUAAAUGAGAGGAAAAUUGUCAGCAGAUAUAAUUAGUAAUUCGUGUCACCAUAGUUCAUCUAGUUGUUUCAUAAGCUGCUCCUAAUGUCUGAUUCUUGAAUGUGAUGAGCAUGCUAGUGAUCACAAAUCAACAGAACAAAAAUAGGAAUAGAUGACCCUCCAGGCUCAAAUACAAAUUCAGCCUGUAUUAUUAAUAAAAGAAAAAGGCUGUACACAGUGCUUCAACCUAAAAGUACUUAAGACUCACUACUGGAUCUUACACUAAAAUGAAGUUCACUCCUAAAUAAUG